AUGAGGAGCAGAGAAUCCACUGCAUCCAACUCCGCAAUUAACUCUGAAAACGUUCAUCACAGACUCACUCUGACUCUGGGUCUGGGUCUGACUCUGAGUCUGGGCCUGGCUCUGGCUCUGGGCCUGGCUCUGGCUCUGGGCCUGGGCCUGGCUCUGGCUUUGGGCCUGGGUCUGGCUUUGACUCUGGGCCUGGCUCUGACUCUGGGCCUGGCUCUGGCUCUGACUCUGGGCCUGGCUCUGACUCUGGGCCUGGCUCUGGCUCUGACUCUGGGCCUGGCUCUGACUCUGGGCCUGGCUCUGGCUCUGACUCUGGGCCUGGCUCUGGCUCUGACUCUGGGCCUGGCUCUGGCUCUGGGUCUGGGCCUGGCUCUGGCUCUGACUCUGGCGCCCCCUGUGGAGCUGGUGUCCCGGGCCACAGCUCAGACUCCGCUCACACACGAAGGAUCCCAGAGUGUUUCUGCACAUCUGCCCUGGUCCACAUCUGUGAGAGGCCCCCGAGCACUCAUCCACAUCUGCAACAGACCACCUUAA